UUCUACAAGGUUCCAAGUCACGUGACCCAAACAGCCAAAGGGCUGCGUGUGUGCACCGCCAACGACUGACAGCGAUGUAAACAAUUACCUUUCCUCACACUUCUGCCAGUCAUGGAUUGACUACCACACAGCCAACAUGGCUUCGUCCUCCAACUUCGCCCCUCCAAAACUGGAUGACUUCAUCCUAACAGAGCGGUUGGGGAGCGGAACAUAUGCCACAGUCUAUAAAGCCUACAGAAAGGGUGAUAGCCGAGAAGCGGUGGCCGUGAAGGUGGUCGCCAAGAAGACGCUGAACAAGGCGUCCACAGAGAACUUGCUCACGGAGAUUGAGAUCCUCAAGACUGUACGUCACCCUCAUAUUGUCCAGUUGAAAGAUUUUGUGUGGGAUUCUGAGAACAUCUAUCUGAUCCUGGAAUGGUGUUCCGGUGGAGAUCUGUCCCGUUUCAUCCGCAGUCGUCGGAUCUUGCCAGAGAGAGUUGCCCGGCGUUUUCUGCAACAGAUAGCAUGUGCUCUCCAGUUCUUACAUGACCGAAAUAUCUCCCACUUGGAUUUGAAACCACAGAACAUUUUGCUGUGUGGCUCAGUCCUCAAAUUAGCAGACUUUGGCUUCGCCCAGUACAUGUCACCAUGGGACGAAAAGAGCGUGCUGAGAGGCUCUCCUUUGUACAUGGCUCCCGAAAUGGUGUGUCGGCGCCAGUAUGACUCCAGAGUGGAUCUCUGGUCGGUGGGAGUCAUUCUUUAUGAGGCACUGUUUGGACGGGCCCCUUUUGCAUCAAAGUCGUAUUCAGAAUUGGAAGAGAAGAUUCGAAGUAACCAGCCCAUUGAGCUCCCCCCCGGGGCCAGGGUCUCCAAGCACUGCCGGGACCUCCUCCUGCGUCUCCUGGAGAGGAAUCCCGAUGCCCGGAUCACCUUCGCCGAGUUCUUCACGCACCCCUUUGUGGACAUGGAGCACAUGCCAAGUGCCGAGAGCUUGGGGAAGGCGAAAGAACUGGUCUUACAGGCCGUCCAGAAGGACCAAGAUGGCGAGAGGUCCGUUGCGCUCUCUCUCUACUGCGGUGCUCUGGAGCACUUUGUCCCUGCUAUUUACUAUGAGACUGACCAGAAGCGAAAAGAUGUCCUCAGGCAAAAAGUCCGUCAGUAUGCGUCUCGAGCGGAAGAGCUGAAGGCCCUGGUCGCCUCGGACAACAAGCGUAUCUUUGAGGAGGCGCGCACCUCCACGGACAUCCUCAGAGAAAUGUCUCGUGAGCAGCCACGAUUGCUGGCGGCGCUGGAUAUGGCCUCAGUCGCCAUCGCUAAGGAGCAAAGCGGAGUGGACGACAAUGAGGCCUUGGAUGAAUACCAGAAUUGCUUAGGAGAACUCCUGUUGGCACUUGCAGCUGAGCCGCAGGGCCGUCGACGAGAACUGCUCCACAGCGAGAUUAAAAGCCUCAUGAGCAGAGCAGAGUACCUCAAGAAGAACAUCAAGAUGCAGGAGACUCAGAGGGAUGUCUCGAUGGAUCGGGAGCCCCUAGCAGACUCCGUCAGAAGCUCGUGCUGUGUGCAGUGAACCCCGAGGACCACGGCGGUAAACCAACCGGCUUGGACCUUGGACAGCCAAAACCUUCCCCGCAAUGAAACUGUGUGCUCCAUGCCAAAUCAAACCUGCAUACCAACGUCACCUUUCACACUUCUUGGCUUGGCCUUUGCAGAAUCAGUCAAUGUUUUGGUUGUUGCUGAAGGUGAGCUAGCAGGUAGAGGGAGACAAGCUGGUUCAAUGCAAAGUACUGCACGGCACUUGUUUUUGAGCUGACACACUGUGGACCCCUCGGAAAAAAAAAAACAAAAAAAUACUGUUUACAACAUUUAACCUUUAAUGCUGGAUUUACAUGGCAUGGUUCAAGUGCCACUAUCUCUUUUUUUUUUUCUUUUUACUGUCGUGCAGUGUAAACUAAACGCAUGGAAUCGGUUAUCUUCAAAUUGGAAUCAGACCUCCUUCAAAUAUGUGUGCUGUACCCCGUCAAUGCCAACUUCACAUCUUCAAAAUUCUUUUCAUUCAAUGUGGGGAGGAGUAGGUCCAAGCCAACUACUUAUUAACUUACAUACCGUACUGUGUAGAACGUUUUAAUAUUUUCUUACUGCAUGUGUUAAUGCUGAUCGGCUCACUUACCGGUGCUUGCGAUUUGGGCGUCUGCACACACAGAACUAAUGUAAAUAGCACUACAAAAAAAAAAAACAUGAUACAGGUAUUAAAAUCCUAAUAGAGCACUUGGACCUGCUGUGUCAAUUCCACCUGUUAUCUCGAUGUCGUCUCUGCUAACAUUUAGCAUGAUCGUAAUGUAACCGUUGCGCUCCAUUGCCUACCAAAUGUGCUGGCGGGAACAAAAUGGAUUUGGACACACUGCUGACGUGUUUUGAGCACAUCAUUCUGGUCAACAGGCCAAAGGGAUUGAAAUGAAAUGUAUUUAUGGACAACUGUGAAAAUGUGUGCCGCUGGUGCUCGCGUGCACUCUCCUGUUGGACUGACCCUUUUGUGUCGUAGCCGCUGCUAAGGUGUAAAUAUGGUGGAACCACAAAGGUCACACACAGUCCUUUCUAUGAGGCCCGCCUUUGUCCCCCCCCGUUGAAUUUUUUUCCCCCCAUUCCAAAAUAAUGAAAAAAUAAUUCAUUCCAGGGUCAACAUUUUCAUCUUUGUAAAAGCUUUAGCAACUGAACAGGCAAAAUUACUGUGAUCCAAGUGUAAAAAGAAGUUAAGCGUCUGUUAAUGAAGCGCACAGCUAUGAGUUAUGUCUGCCCCUUAAUCCUCCAAUUGUGGGUCAAAUUGACCGUUUAUAUAUAUUUUUUAAACAUUUAGGAUGAAACAUUUUCUCCUAGCUUUAUUUUUGUUUUUUUCCAUUUUAUUUUAAUAUUAUAUAUUAAAUACGCAGCUGGUCACUUUGUCUUGUGAAACAUCAAAUAACAGCAAGGUAUGGGAAUCUCUCCAUUGGGAGACAAAUAAAGGUUUUCUUAUCUUAACAAAGAUAAUGCUUUGCAAGUGUAAAUCGAAGUUAACCACGAUAGUUCAACUUUAAGUCUCUUUUGAAGUUGAUGUAUGCAUUUUAUAAACAUGAAAUGCAGCUCA